AUGGGGUUUCCGGUGGGUUGUACAGAUUUAUUCCUCCCCAAAUUGUUGGUUCACUUGUUGACGGCUUUGGGAUUCGUCCGCAAGUUCGUCUGCGCCGCCCUCUCUCUGCUGGGAUUGGGGGAUUUUCUGGAGCCGGAGGCGGCGGCGUACGGUGCUCGGGUCGAAAUCGGAUCGGAGACAUGCUCCGUCUCGGCGGCUCUGAUUAGGGAGAUACUGCCGGUGGUGAGGUUCUCGGAUUUGGCGGUGGGCGGGGAUCUGGAGCUGCCGGAGAGCUGCGCUGUGUGUUUGUACGAAUUCGGCGGGGAGGACGAGAUCCGGCGGCUGGCAAACUGCCGGCACAUAUUUCACCGGUGCUGCCUGGACCGGUGGAUGGACCAUGAUCAGAAGACGUGCCCGCUGUGUCGGACGCAGUUCGUGCCGGAGGAUAUGCAGGAGGCGUUCAACGAGAAGCUGUGGCUGGCCUCGGGGAUAACGGAUGAGUACUCGCCGAUCGCCGCCGAUCUAUAG